AUGUCCAACCUCGACAUCAUGAACCACAUUUACGCAACCCAUGUUCAUGGUGACGAAAAGUUUGAUGUUGAGUCUCUUUUCGUUCUCGUCGAAAACAUCCUUAAGCGUGCCACCCUAAUUGUUGACCAUGUUGCACUGGUAGUUGCAAACAUACUAUUUGAAGGUACAAAAUUAAGGGAGUAUACAAAGGGGGUUGAGAACAAUUUACGGAAAGUUGAAUUGGACUCGAUUCAGGAUUACAUAAAAGAAAGUGAUAAUUUAGUGUUGCUUCAUGAUCAAAUUCGUGAAUGUGAUAGAAUCUUGUCACAGAUGGAAACUCUCCUCAGUGGAUUUCAAGUUGAAAUUGGUUCCAUAAGUUCAGACAUAAAAGUCCUCCAAGAGAAGUCUAUGGAUAUGGGCCUGAAGCUUAAGAAUCGUAAGAUCAAUGAUGAAUACAUGAGAACUCUUGAGAUUCUGAGUAAGAAGCUGAAGUUUGUAGAAGUGGAUCCUAUGGUCAAAGCUUCAAAAGCUCUGAAAGACGUUCAACCUGAGCUUGAAAAAGUUAGGCAGAACAAUCUGCAAAGUAUUCAGUUUUUGGUUCAUCAUUGACUAUUGGAGGAGUGAUUGGUGGAUUAGUAAGUGGAAGGAUUGCAGACCUUUUUGGUCGGAAAGGUGCAAUGUGGUUCUCUGAAAUCUUCAGCUUGGUAGGGUGGCUCGCCAUUGCAUUUGGAAAGGUGCUCUCUCUUGUCCUUCAUUCCAGUUACGCUGCAUUUGAUUGUCAAUAUGUUCAAGUAAUAAGGCAAACCGGAAGUGGUGGAAAGGGUUUUACUUCCAUUUGUUAUUUUCAUGGAAGUUGUGGAAGGGCCAAGAUAUUAUUCGAAAUCAACAUGAAUCAGGUCAAGGGAAUCACUCAUUCUACAUUUUCUCUGUUGGGUUUCAAUCACUAAUGGAGUUCACUGUUUGUUAUAGAACAUUUGGUGGCUCGAUCUUGGGAGACUUUCAUUGGGAAUUGGCAUUGGAAUUUUUUCCUAUGUGGUAAUUUAUUUGUGUUAACAUUUGAUGUAUCUAUUUAAAAGACACAAAAUAAUGCUCA